GCAAUUUGUACCCAGCCUGGCCCCAGCUGAUGUGAUGCGAAAUAUUUGAGAAUGAUGGCCACCUGCCGAAAAUUAACGAAACAGUUAAUGAAGGAAUUACUGGAUUCUGUCGAUACCAUUCUUCUAGAUUGUGAUGGAGUUCUUUGGCAUUCUACAACCCCUGUCCCUGGUGCUGUGGAAACGAUUAAUAAACUCAGAUCAAUGGGCAAGCAACCGAUUUUCGUUACAAACAACAGCACGAAAUCAAGGGUUCAGUACCAGGAGAAAUUCACAAAAAUGGGAUUUGUGGUAUCUAAGGAUGAGAUCUUCGGUACGGCGUACUGUGCAGCUCUCUAUCUGAAGUACAAACUCCAUUUCAGCGGCAAGGUUUAUCUGAUGGGAAUGACAGGAUUGGAAGAGGAGAUGAAGGAACAUGGUAUUGAGUACAUCGGAACAGGGCCAGAUGAUGUGGAAGGUCAAAUUCUAGAACAUCGAGCUGACAACAUAGUUCUGGAUCCAGAUGUCAGUGGUGUUGUAGUAGGGUUCGAUCAGUACUUCAGUUUUAUGAAGCUCCUCAAGGCUGCUUCCUACCUGAGCAGACCUAACUCGGUGUUCAUCGGUACCAACGUGGAUCAACAAUUCCCGCUCAGGAACUCGGAUAUCGUCAUGCCUGGCACAGGCUCCCUCGUGCGACCUGUAGAAGUUGCUGCAAACAGGACAGCAACAGUUCUUGGCAAACCUAGCAAAUUUAUGUUCGAUUGUAUCCAAGAAAAAUUUAACGUGAACCCUGACCGGACAGUGAUGAUCGGUGAUCGUCUGAACACAGAUAUCCUCUUAGGUAAGAACUGUGGAUUGAAAACCUUGGCCGUCUUGACUGGAAUCACGAGUGAAGAAGAGAUCCUGGCCUUCCAAGGUAGCGAAAAGGAAGAGGAAAGAGAACUGGUUCCAGACCUUUAUAUCGAGUCGAUAGGGCAUUUAGGCAAGCUUUUGGACUAGGUGUUUGUGUUUAAGUAGACAUUUUGUAGUAGAGUAAAAGCUAUUUAUGAAGACCUCCAAGAGGUGAGAAAAUUGAUCUAUAGCCUAUAGACAGUUGUUGAAAGAGAGGAGAUCAGUGAAAGAUGGGAGAUCGAAUUGGUACCAGGUAUUUACUCUGUAUAUCGAGUCGGCAUUUAGGCAAGUUUCUGGACUAGGUAUUUGGGUUUAACUAGAUAUUUUGUAGUAGAGUAAGAGCUGUUUAUGAAGACCUUUAAAAGGUGAGAAAUUUUUACCAAAAAGACAAUUGAUGAAAGAUUGACAUUGAUUGGUCACAUAUUUAUAUUGAAUCCUUUGUCACUUUAGGCAAGAUUUUGGAAUACUAGUAGGUGUUUGGGUCUCUUACAUGUAUAUUAGACUUGAUUUUUCUUAUGCAAUGUGUGAAAGCUUUUGGACUAUUUUGCUCGUCCAUUGCCUUGGUAAGCUUUUUGAAGUAC